UGUUCACUUGUAUUAAACAAAUAAAAAGUUUUUCUUACACUGAAAUAAAAAUGAUUAGUUUUGCGAGAAUAACGUUAACAGUAGUCGUCUUGUAUUUAAGUCCGUCUUUCAUUGACGGUUCGAUCCGAGGCUUUGGUGGCCGAGAGUUCUCCACCGAAGCGCCGACUCUUGCGACCACUUCUGGUCAACUCCGAGGUCUUCAUGUCGUCAAAUCAAAACGCGUUGAAAGCUAUCAGUAUUUGGGAGUUCCGUACGCCUCGCCUCCCGUCGGGAAACUCAGAUUUCAAAGACCGCAACCAUUGAAUGAAACAAAUGAGCUGAGAAUGGCCACUGAAUUCGCGCCCACAUGUGUUCAGAUGAGACAUUUGCCACAACUUAUUAACCCACUUCUCAAUGUUGACGAAGAACACAAAACCUCUGAGGACUGUCUAUAUCUCAACAUAUAUGUACCGAAACAGCUCUCAAACACUAAGCAGUCUUCGCUGCCGGUAAUGGUUUGGCUGCCGGGAGAAGGCUAUGACUUUGCGGACGCGCGACAAUUUGACGGCUCAUUCUUGGCG